GAGCAGAGGUGGUUGAGGGUGUUUAUAUUAGUGCGAGGGCGCGAUUACUUAAACUCACGUGACUCGUACACUGUGGGGCACGCCCUGGAUCUGGAGCUGAGGUCCACUUGAGGCAGAUGGCGUCACCACUGGAAGUCGAAGUCGAAGUCGUUGCGAAGACAAGUGGAUGGCGAGGGGUUGAGGAGAUGGAAGAAGGGCAACAGAGGUCAGUGGGUGUUUGGGUCACGUCUUGCUUGGCCUUCCUGGAAUACCACUAGCCUGGACCAUGAACUGAGGCUUGGCUCCACAGUUUUAUUCUUGCUGUUAAAUUUGGUGGCGUGGAAAUUGUCAAUUGUCACGUUGGUAAAAGUUAUACCUGAGGUGGGAUGUGCGCUGACCAUUCGCAUAUGCGCUCAUCUACCGUUUUACUGACAGUCCAUAUACCAGAACUGUCAGUCAAAGUUCUCAAGCCAUUAGGGAUAGGUGAGGGGCUAAUAUCAUCCGCUCGUAUUUGAAUUUGGCAACCCCCUAAGCCCGAAUAUCUUGAAGACCGGUGCUUAAGCCACAGCAACACACCCUUAUUUUUGAUAUUACUUAAACGGUAUGUGUCUACAUCGACCUAGCUAACACAACUAAAAAUAAAUACGACUGCCUAGCAAUUGGACGAUUCUUACCAAUAGCCUUUCUUUUGGCUUCCAAUUAUGCUUUGAUGACAAUUCGAGGCGCGUAUUGCAGUCGCUCACAUCACACCGGUCGGCCUCCUUCGUAAAUGGUAUGCAUCUGGAAUCUGCGUCUGCAAUGGUUACGCAAAAGCCGUACAUAGGAUCUUCCAUGGGAUUUGUCCGCAGCUUUCCUAGGUCUUGUGUCUGUUCUUGUUUGUAGACGUACAUCGGCACAGUGUUCCUUCCAGACACAGGUGCCCCACAGGCUUCACCCUGGUCUAUAAAUACGGAGACAUUCCUCCAAUUAUGAUCUGGUGACUUCUUCCAUCAAUGAGCUAUAUAGACCCCAAACUUAUUUAUUCGUCCACCCACUUGUCCAAGAUUCAUCCUAUUCAUAGUUUUGACCCGAUCGAAACACUUGUACCUCUUGAGUGUCUGGGACUCCAGGUGUCACGUCUGGUAUCCAUCACUUCCAACAGGUCAAUCCAAAUAGAUGCAUCACCUAGGUCUGAACAUUUAUCGUUGCUGAGCUCUCCUAUGAACGAUCCGUAUGACCCAUCCCAUGCGCCUCUCCUUGAAUCACAAGAAACCAACACCAAAAUAUCAUUUUUUGACUCUUUUCCUCUGUUGUUUGACCUGAGCCAGUCUGAAUCCGAGUCCCACGAAUGUCCAGAGAGCUGCAAGUUGGUUGUUUCGUUCUCUUACGACAGGUUAAAGCUCAUUGCGAUUGUACGGUCUUCUAUCACAAAAUUUGAGGAUCUUGUUUCUGAUACCAAAUACAAAAGGAAACCUACCAGACUAGAGUACAAGAACAAGCUAGCUGUCCAUGGGGGAGCUGAAGAAAAACCUGAAGUUACCUAUUUGUCUAGAAUCAGCUUAUUCCAGCUUUCACGUAUUCUCAACCUCCUGGAGUAUGAUAUCAAUUUAACCAAAACCGUCCAGCAUCAGAUCCUCGACGUGUUCACCAAGCACUGUGACUUUCGAUUGGGAUACGACACAUGGGUGAAACACACAGACGAGUCCCAGAGAGACCGGGCUUUAUCGAUUCUUUACGAGUUUUUUAGGGACGUAUACCCGUUUACUAAAAAGCAGUUGCAAGUGGUAAUCAGGCGUGGCAGCUAUCGGUGCAUGCAGCUGAGACUACGUCGUGACAAGCACCUGGCCUUAAAAAAAAUUCUUCGAGGUGAGUAAGUGUUAUUCUAUCAAUAGCGAGUUGCUGUCUCCCCUAGCAAGCCUGUGUGAAUUGAUAUCGAAACUCACCGAAGUCGUCUUCUGAAUAUGUGAACCCGAUGCUGUAAUAGGACUGAUUCUACCUAGAUUUUACUUGGUCUACCUUACUAGAGCAUAUGAAGAAUAGCUAAAGGAGUGAUAUAUC